GGGUGAGGAACUGAGGGUGGAGGGGGGCGCAGAGGCGGUACUCGGAGGGGGGCAGGCGAGGCGGAGGGUGAGGGCUGCGGGAGCAAGUGCGGAGAGGGGUGUGCGGGGGCCGAUUGCCGCUGCAGCCGCCGCCGCCCCCCUCACCUCCGGUGCGUCUGCAGCCCGGACACUAAGGGAGAUGGAUGGAUGGGGUGGGGAGGAUGCGGCGCACGUGGCCCCGGGCGGCUCUGCGCUCAGCUGCCGCCCCCACAGCAGACUGGUCGGGGAGGGGGUCGGGCGGUAGAAAAAGGGGCCGCGAGGCGAGCGGGGCACCGGGCGGACAGCGGCAGCAGCAUGAGCGGCGCAGACCGGAUCCCCGCUGCGGGCGCAGCCCCUGACUCGGCCUCGGGUCGGGCGGCGGUGGCCUCGGCCUACCAGCGCUUCGAGCCGCGCGCCUACCUCCGCAACAACUACGCGCCCCCUCGCGGGGACCUGUGCAACCCGAACGGCGUCGGGCCGUGGAAGCUGCGCUGCUUGGCACAGACCUUCGCCACCGGUGAAGUGUCCGGACGCACCCUCAUCGACAUUGGUUCAGGCCCCACCGUGUACCAGCUGCUCAGCGCCUGCAGCCACUUUGAAGACAUUACCAUGACAGAUUUCCUGGAGGUCAACCGCCAGGAGCUGGGGCGCUGGCUGCGGGAGGAGCCAGGAGCCUUCAACUGGAGCAUGUACAGCCAGUAUGCCUGCCUCAUCGAGGGCAAGGGGGAAUCCUGGCAGGAGAAGGAGCGCCAGCUGCGAGCCAGGGUGAAGCGGGUCCUGCCCAUCGACGUGCACCAGCCCCAGCCCCUGGGUACUGGGAGCCCAGCGCCCCUGCCUGCCGACACCCUGGUCUCUGCCUUCUGCUUGGAGGCUGUGAGCCCAGAUCUUGCCAGCUUCCAGCGGGCCCUGGACCACAUCACCACGCUGCUGAGGCCUGGAGGGCACCUCCUCCUCAUCGGGGCCCUGGAGGAGUCGUGGUACCUGGCUGGGGAGGCCAGGCUGAUGGUGGUGCCAGUGUCUGAGGAGGAGGUGAGGGAGGCCCUGGUGCGUAGUGGCUACGAGGUCCGGGACCUCCGCACCUACAUCAUGCCUGCCCACCUUCAGACAGGUGUAGAUGAUGUCAAGGGCAUCUUCUUCGCCUGGGCUCAGAAGGUUGGACUGUGAGGGGCCAGCGUACCUGGUGCCCUGUGGCCCCUACCCACCUGGAUUCCCUGUUCUUUGAAGUGGCACCUAAUAAAGAAAGAAUACCCUGCCACUGCG